AUGAACUCGACCACCGAUACCCUCCUAGACGUCCUCCCCGACCUCAAGUCGGCCAGCGGCGUCCUCCAACUCGUUGGCGUCCUCCAGCUACUGAUCGUCUCUGGCCUGGUAUGGACGUACCGCGAGCGCGGGUUCUGGUCGUCGUCGUCAGCCAACGCCGCCUGGAUCCCCGGGCCAAAGGGCAGCAUGUUCCGCGGCAACGUCGCCGAGCUCGACACCAAGGGCGAGAGCAGUGCCAAAGCCUGGAUGUCGCUGUACCAGCGCUACGGCCCAGCAUACGAGAUGACCAUCCCGUUCUUCCGGCUGCACAUCAUCAACCAUCCCAUCUACCUCGAGCACAUCCAAAAGCACAACAGCAAGAACUAUGUGCGAGGGGCGUUCACCCGCAACGUAUUUGGCGCGCUGCACCGCACUGGCGUGUUUGUCGCCGAUGGCAAGGACCACGCGCUGCAGCGCAAGGUCGCGACACGCGCGUUCAGCAAGAAGAACUUUGAGACGCACAUCACUGCGUCGCUGCAUCACUGGCUCGGCGUGCUCAUGCGGCUGCUCGACAAGAUGGCGGACAAGGACCAGGCGUUCGACUUUCAAGAGCUCAUGGGCAGGUUCAUGUUCGCCCUGUUCCUGCGCGUCGCGUUCCACGAGGAGGCGAUGGGGCUGGAGAUUCUGUCCGAUGAGUUGACAAGCCUGGACUCCAUGCCCGACUAUGUCGAGGCAUUCGACAAGGCCCAGUUGCUGUUCGAUCGCCGCCGCCGCGAUCCCUUGUGGAAGAUGACUGAGAAGCUGUCCGGUGAGGACAACGUGACCAAGCGUGCUGUGGACCUCUUCUACAGCCAGAUCGACGGGCUCAUCAAGAAGCGCCUCGACGCUAUGCAAGACGGGUACAAGUCGAACCCCGACGCCGGCGUGGACCUGCUCGACCUCUUCCUCCAGCAGACGCAAGACACAUACACGCUCGGCGGGAUGAUGUUCAGCUUCCUCUCGGCGGGGCGCGACACGACGGCGUUCAGCACGUCGUGGAUGAUGAAGGAGAUCCUGCACCAUGACAACGCGCACCUCGACGCCGCUGCCAAGAUCCGCGAGGAGCUCGAGCACGAAGGGUUCACCGGGUUCCUCGGCUACACCGACGCUCCAAAGCUCAAGUUUGCCAACGCGAUGUGGGACGAGACGGCGCGCCUCAACACCGUCUCGCCGGCGGGGCAGCUCGAGGCGGCCGAGGACGACGUGCUGCCCGCCAUCCCCGAGUUCAAUAUUCCGCCGCGGGCGGUGAAGAAGGGCGACAUUGUGAGCUACCAGAACUAUGUCCUCUCCCGCAUGCCCGAGGUCUGGGGCGACGACUGCGCGACGUUCAACCCGUACCGCUGGUUCAAGGAGACUGGCGAGACAGUCUCGUACUCCCCGUUCAAGUACCACUCGUGGAACGCUGGCCCCCGCAGCUGCCUCGGCCGCGCGCUGGCGACGUACGAAGGCGUCGCGAUCGUGUGCACGAUCCUGCAGCGCUUCGAGGUGGAGCUCGUGGACCCUGCCAAGGUAUACGAGCCUUUGCCGGCGCUCAACAUGGGCGUGAAGGGCGGGCUGUGGAUGAAGCGCAAGGGCCGGCCACCGAAGCGGACGCGUGUGGACUUCGAGUCGCCACCGAGCGUCGCGCCGCCGCCGCCGGCUCCGCUCCCGACUUGGGAGGACAGCUCGCUGUUCUUGGAUGAUGGGGAGCCGCUCCCCCGCUCAGCGUCCCCAGAGGCGAGCCACCUACCGCCGCCGAUCGCACAAGGAUCGGUCAGCCACACCCUCGAGACCUUCCCAGUUCGCAACACGUCUGAUGCGCUGCGGCUGCUGAACCAGGCCGGCGAGAAGCGUCCGACGGGCAAGACGAGACCUGCCGACAGCGGCCACCUCGGUGCACUGGGGCCGAACGCCUACGUCCUACUGCGCGAGGGCAUGAUCGAGCUGUCGACCAUGUCGCGCCUGUUCGCCUUCUUCCUUGGCUCAGUGCACCCCAUCAUGCCGCUCAUCCCGUACGACCGUAUCCCCAUCACCCCCGACCAGCUCGUGGCCAUGGCUGCCAGGGAGCCGUACCUCAUGUCGGCCAUCCUCGUCGUCACUGCUGGCCUGACACGCGAGUUGACGCUCCACCGUAAGCUGUGGCAGCGCGUGCAGAGCUUGUUCGCGGAGGUCGCGCUCCAGGGGACAGGGGCAUCGAUCGACACAGUUGAGGGGCUGCUGUUACUCUCAGAGUACCCGCCCAACAUGGGUCAGAGGUCUGGGUCACAGCACGAGGAUCGCAUGUGCUGGAUGACACUGGGUAUAGCAAUACGCCUCGGAUACCUGCUUGGCCUCGACCAGCUGUCCGUCCAGAACGAGGACGACGACGACAGCGUGACUGUCAGCCGAGAUCGCGGACUGGUCGCUUGGCGGUACUGCUACUGCCUCGACCGCCAGAUCUCGAUCCAGGCAGGCAAGGCAUUCUGGCACCGCGGCCCCGGCAUGACCUACCAGCACAUGCACGCCGACGCGGCGCUCGACUACCCCGAACUCACUGCCAUCCCGGGCGUACAGGAGGACUAUGCCUCCUACCUCCAGUGCCUGAUGCACCUCACCCAGGUGCUGACGAACGCGCACGAUCUGCUGUACCCGUCCAAGAGCCGGUCUAUUGCGCUGGCGAAGGCCGAGCACUACUACAAGCACAUUGACGACUUUACAGACACCCUCGCUGCGUUCCGGACUCGCUGGCAAUCCAAGGUGUGGAGGACGUACCCAAUCAACGAAUGCGUGUGGAUAUCCUUCCACCACGUCCGCCUCUACAUCUACGCCUUCUCACUGCAGGCGUAUAUGCAGAGAGCCGACGUCCUCCGCUUGGCAAUAGGCAGGCUGCAGCCUUCAGGGGCUUUCUCAUCCCUCCCACUGCGGUACUUCCUUUUCUUCAACCACGCCGCAGUCUUCCUCCUCAAGGCGUCGGUGGUGGUGCCGCUUCCUCAAUCUCAAAAGCGCACCAUCCUGCACCUGGCCAGCCCCGCCGACCAGGCACACUCGUACCCCGACCUGUCGUCGAUUCUUGGGAGCAUGGAGACGCCCUUUGUUCCCGAGCGCCCGUUCCACAAUGUCGCCGCUGAGAUUGACCUGUUGUUGGGACUCGCGCCCGCCGACGUGUCGAUCAACCCGACGCCCGCGUCGGCAGAGGGCGACCUCACCGGCCUUCUGCCACCCUCGGACCCCUUCGCGUCGUUCUUUAGCAACGAGGACGGGCAUUUGUGGGAAGCGAUCUCAUCGACUGAUAUGGAGUGGAGUGCGGUGAACGACGAGUUGUAG